AUGAAGAUCACACUGAACUUCCUGAAGAGGAUGAAGCAGGAGAAGCUGGCUCACCGUCUGCAGAACAUUUGUGUUAUUUCAGAACAUUUUGCUCCAGUUUGUCAACAUCAACUUAAAUCUGGUCUGAAGAAGAAGUUCCAGUCUGUGUUUGAGGGGAUUGCUAAAGCAGGAAGUCCAACCCUUCUGAACCAGAUCUACACAGAGCUCUACAUCACAGAGGGAGGRACUGGAGAGGUCAAUGAUGAACAUGAGGUCAGACAGAUUGAAACAGCAUCCAGGAAACCACAUAGACCAGAAACGACAAUCAGACAAGAAGACAUAUUUCAAGUCCCACCUGGAAGAGAUCAACCAAUCAGAACAGUGAUGACAAAGGGAGUGGCUGGCAUUGGGAAAACAGUCUUAACACAGAAGUUCACUCUGGACUGGGCUGAAGACAAAGCCCACCAGAACAUCCACUUCAUAUUUCCAUUCACCUUCAGAGAGCUGAAUGUGCUAAAAGAGAAAAAGUUCAGCUUGGUGGAACUUGUUCAUCACUUYUUUACUGAAACCAAAGAAAUCAGCAGCUUUGAACACUUCCAGGUUCUGUUCAUCUUUGAUGGCCUGGAUGAGAGUCGACUUCCGCUGGACUUCCACAACAAGGAGAUCCUGACUGGUGCUACAGAAUCCAGCUCAGUGGAUGUUCUGCUGACAAACCUCAUCAGGGGGAAACUGCUUCCCUCUGCUCUCCUCUGGAUAACCACACGACCUGCAGCAGCCAAUCAGAUCCCUCCUCAGUGUGUUGGCAUUGUGACAGAGGUAAGAGGGUUCAAUGACCCCCAGAAGGAGGAGUACUUCAGGAAGAGAUUCAGAGAUGAGAAAAAUUCCAGAAGGAUCAUCUCCCACAUGAAGACAUCACGAAGCCUCCACAUCAUGUGCCACAUCCCAGUCUUCUGCUGGAUCACUGCUACAGUUCUGGAGGAUGUGUUAAAGACCAGAGAGRRAGGARAGMUGCCCAGAACYCUGACWGAGAUGUACAUCYACUUCCUGGUGGUUCAGAMCAAAGUGAAGAAGGUCAAGUAUGAUGGAGGAGMUGAAACAGAUCCACACUGGAGUCCAGAGAGCAGGAAGAUGAUCGAGUCUCUGGGAAAACUGGCUUUUAAUCAGCUGCAGAAAGGAAACCUUAUCUUCUAUGAAUCAGACCUGACAGAGUGUUGCAUCGAUAUCAGAGCAGCCUCAGUGUACUCAGGAGUGUUCACACAAAUCUUUAGAGAGGAGACAGGGCUGUACCAGGACAAGGUGUUCUGCUUCGUCCAUCUGAGUGUUCAGGAGUUUCUGGCUGCUCUUCAUGUUCAUCAGACCUUCAUCAACUCUGGGGUCAACCUGAUGGAAGAAAAUCAACCAUCAUUUUUCUCUACAUUUCUCUCUAGAUUCUUUAGCAAAUCAAAUAUAAAUUAUCUUCAUCAGAGAGCUGUUGACCAGGCUUUACAGAGUCCAAAUGGACACYUGGACUUGUUCCUCCGUUUCCUCCUUGGACUUUCACUGCAAAUCAAUCAGAGACUCCUACAAGGUCUGCUGACACAGAAAGUAAGUAGCUCACUGACCAAUCAGGAAACAGUUCAGUACAUCAAGAAGAAGAUUAGUGAGAAUGUAUCUGCAGAGAAAAGCAUCAAUCUGUUCCACUGUCUGAAUGAACUGAAUGAUCAUUCUCUAGUGGAGGAGAUCCAACAGUCUCUGAGUUCAGGAAGUCUCUCCACAGAUAAACUGUCUCCUGCUCAGUGGUCAGCUCUGAUUUUCAUCUUAGUGUCAUCAGGAAAAGAUCUGGAUGUGUUUGACCUGAAGAAAUACUCUGCUUCAGAGGAGGUUCUUCUGAGGCUGCUGCCAGUAGUUAAAGCCUCCAACAAAGCUCUACUGAGUGUCUGUAACCUCUCAGAGAGAAGCUGUGAAGCUCUGUCCUCAGUUCUCAGCUCCCAGUCMUCCAGUCKCAGAGAACUGGACCUGAGUAACAACAACCUGCAGGAUUCAGGAGUGAAGCUUCUCUCUGCUGGACUGAAGAGUCCAAACUGCAACCUGGAAACUCUCAAACUGAGUGGCUGUAACCUCUCAGAGAGAAGCUGUGAAGGUCUGUCCUCAGUUCUCAGCUCCCAGUCCUCCAGGCUCAGAAAACUGGACCUGAGUAACAACAACCUGCAGGAUUCAGGAGUGAAGCUUCUCUCUGCUGGACUGAAGAGUCCAAACUGUAACCUGGAAACUCUCAGAUUAUCAGGCUGUUUGGUCUCAGAGGAAGGCUGUGCUUCUCUGGCCUCAGCUCUGACCUUUAACCMCUCCCAUCUGAAAGAGUUGGACCUGAGCUACAAUCAUCCAGGAGACUCAGGAGUGAAGCUGCUGUCGGCUGGACUGAAGGAUCCAGACUGGAGACUGGAAGCUCUCAGGUAUGGAGGAACCUGCUGCAGGAGCAGAGGUCUGAUAGAGGAGGAAGAGGAGAAACAUUCCUGUCAACUCACCAUCGACACAAACACAGUCAGCAGAGACCUCAAACUGUUUAAAGACAACAGGAAGGUGACAUGGGUGAAGGAACUUCAGUCAUAUCCUGAUCAUCCAGACAGAUUUGAUAUCUGGCCUCAGCUGCUGUGUAGAACUGGUCUGACUGGUCGCUCUUACUGGGAGGUCAAGUGGAGAGGAAUGGUUUAUAUAUCAGUGAGUUACAGAAGAAUCAAGAGGAAAGGAAACGGUACAGACUGUUUGCUUGGAGGGAAUGAUCAUUCCUGGAGUCUGAAAUGCUCUGAUCAUGGCUACUCUGUGAGGCACAGUAACAUAAAAACUCGUCUCUCCUCCUCCUCUGUCUCUAACAGAGUAUCAGUGUAUGUGGACUGUCCUGCUGGCAUUCUGUCCUUCUACAGAGUCUCCUCUGACUCACUGAUCCACCUCCACACCUUCAACACCACAUUCACUGAACCUUUGAUUCCUGGAUUUGAGUUCGGUUCUGGUUCCUCUGUGUUUCUUUGCUGAUUUGAGUCUAAAGAGUCUAAAGAUUUUCCUCCUGUCAGAUAA